AUGUCGUCCCCUACCGCCCCAGGGUCAACGGAAUACCCGUUCGCGCCAUCGCCAGACAUAUUACGCACGCACGAAAAGGACGCAUAUAUGAUCAGCCAGGUAUCCUCGGAAGCAUCAACGAUUCUGCGAGCGCUUCUGGGCGCCAGGGUAGCGCACAAAUACUCGACCACGACGAACCAUCUGAGCGAGCUUCUGUAUCUCUGCCUGACCACGCUGCUGGGCAACCGGACGUUGGGCGAGGAGUACUGCGACGUGAUCCAAGUAGAGGCCGACACGCUGCGGCUGGCGGGCCUGGGUCGAAGGGUCGGUUAUAUUGCCAGCGUGGUGUUUGCGCCGUGGGCGCUGGGAAAGACAUUGCCCGCGCUGCGGAGGAGGCUGAGGAGCAAAUUGGAGGGAAAUAUCGAAUACGCCGAGAAGCAAGCGGCAACGACGACAACGAAGAAAAAGAGAAAUACCAGAAGCAUUCAAAUCCAAAAAUACAUCCUAAACCAACUAGAUACUCUGACGUCGCCGAACCCGGUUUACGCCCUCAGCCUGGCCACGUUUUACUUCACGGGAGCAUACUACCAUAUCUCCAAACGGCUGUUCGGGCUACGGUACAUUUUCACCAAGCAGAUCAAACCGGACGAGCAGCGAGUUGGAUACGAGGUUCUGGGGGUCCUGCUUGUGCUGCAGAUCGCUGUCCAGACGGCGCUGCAUGUUCGUGAGACGUACCUGGAAGCCAGGGGUGCUGGUGCCGGUGCCAUGUUGAGUAGUUCUACACCUGGCAGCAGCGGCUUCGGCGGCCAUAACUUGAAUGGCGUAGAGAGUGGCGCCGGCCUCACCGCACCGCCUCUCUAUGUUGGACACGGCAUCGAAGUGCCGGUUCUGCCCCAGUCGCAUUCAGCAUCAGACGAUUCGCCAUCCCACACACAAGCACAGAUCCUCUCAAACACUGACUCUGACAUCGAUAUCGACACUCCUCCACACUUCCCACCUGGCCUUGCAGCCACGACAUCGACCCCGAUCCUGGACAACGGACGAGCCCGCUACGACUUGAACGACCCAGACCUCAUAGCCUGGAUCUCCGACAGCCAGCAGCGGAAAUGCACACUGUGUCUGGAACCGCUGCGCGACCCUAGCGCCACGACGUGCGGCCAUGUCUUUUGCUGGACCUGCGUGCAGGACUGGGUCAAGGAGAAGACCGAGUGUCCACUGUGCAGACAGAGCGUGCUGCCGCAGAAGAUCCUGCCUUUACGCUCACCCUUGGCGUUACGGUAG